AUGAUGUCAAACGUUUUGAUUUUUGGACUUUUUUUGACAAUUUACAUUGCUAAUACGUCAGCUUAUAACAAGAGUUGUGCAAAACUUGGAGAAAUUUGUAAAAACGAAGCUCACUGUUGUAAUAAAUUCGAUGGGUGUUAUUUAUCACUAAAGGAACAUGUUUCUCGUUGUGGAGGCGAUGGCUUACUUGAUAGCAGUUGCAGACAUCCAAUAGAUUGUUCGAGAGUUUUGGGAGGAACUUGUAAAAAUGGAAUUUGUGACUGUAAAUCGGAUCAUAAAAGAUACAAUAGGCAUCGAUGCAAACCCCGUCACCUGAAACCGUGGGCUAGAUGGCACGAUGAAUAA